AUGGCUGACAGAAAGACCAAGGUCUCAAGUCUGACCAACAACGCCCUGGACGACCGCUACAAACGCCGACAAAGCCAACUCUUUCGCGAGCUCGAGGUCCUACUAGACCUCACCCCCAGCACACUGAGUUCGAAUCUACUCGCCCUCCCCCGAGAACUCCGGGACCAGAUAUUCCACCACGCCCUCCCCCCACCCACACCCAACCGCCCCGAACUACUCACCUGCCUCUGGGGCGCAGACAUGAGCCCGCAAGACCCCUGGCGCCACGACGUCUUCGGCUACAGUCCCUCCGUCCCCAAACCCGCCCGCCUGCCCCCCAACCUCCUCCUCAUCAACAGACAAAUCCGCGACGAAGUGCUGCAGAUAUACUUCCGCCGCAGCAAGCUGACCCUCCACGCCGAGCUGCGCAACACGCGCAGAACACCCACGUCCUUUGACUACACGCCGCACAUCCUAAAACUGCCUAUGCUGGCGCAUAUAUCGCACGUCCGGUUGUACGUAGAGUGGAACUACACGGCCGUGAAAAAGGACGCCAAACCCGCCCGUCUAGCAGACCAAGCACACAUGACGCACGCCCUGCUGCGCUCCAUGGACGACAUCCUCGGGCCCCUGCGCGCCGUGCAAACUAUCGAGCUCUCCGUGCUGUUCUUCUGGAAGUACCGCUCGGGGAAACUGUAUAGUCUGUCUAUGCUCGACUUGUUCGAUCUCGAGGACGUGCUGAAACAGCAUGCUGAGCAGCGGUGGCUUGCUUGUCUGCGCACCACAGCUAAUAAGACAGCGGGGACGGAGAUGGCCCCCGCUGUGGGGUACAAACUGUCGAGCGAAAUCCAGGGCGCGGAGCAGAGCGGCGGGAUGGAGAUCUUCGUCAGUCGGAAUCUGGAGGAUGCGAUGCUGGGCCGGAGGAAGAGUAAUGUGGAUUUUUAUGGCAAUUAUAAGAUUUCGGAUCCGUUGCCUGAGCCGAAAUAUCGGGUUGGGGGGAUGAUAUGA